AUGGCGAAGAAGAAAAGCGCACGCCACACUUCUGUCUCCGCUGCCACUGCGGAUGGUGGCGCCACCUCUGUCAACGAGGACCUCCGUCCUGUCUUCGCCGCAUCGACGCGCAUCAUCACGGCUCAGGAGGCGCUGUACGCAACGCUGGAGCAGCUCGACUCCAUCGCGCAGGAGGCGCACGCGUACAUGCAGCAGCUAAAGGCUGCCGAACUGAACAGUGCUGUGGCGGAGACGACCUCACCGCCUCUCAAGCGCGCGCGUGAUGACCGGGUGGGUGGAGAGGCGCAUCUGAAAGCCUCCACUGCAGUCAAGGGCAGUCGCCUUGACGUCUUUGCUGCCAUGUCUGCCUUGCAGUAUCAAGGCCUCUGUGCAGCGGUGGUAGCCUACGGGCUGCAACUCCUGCCGUCGCUGGAAGACAUCCUGAAGCGGGUGGCGCUGGCUGUGCUGACGCCGUGGCUGUCCACCCCAGAGGCGUGGGAAACGCUAGCAAUGCUGUGCACCACGUACCGCGCCGGUGCCGCCCACGCAUUGACUGAGCUGCUGGAGAGCCUCCUGCGGGAGCCUGGGGUGCUCUUGCUGGAUGCGCCGCAGCUCGUGCCGCCGUGGUACGCAGAGGCCUUUGUGCACGUCCUGCCUUCGGCGAUGGCGUCGAACACGUCCACCGCAGCCCUCGGUGGCUUGCUGGUGUUCGCCGAGGACCAGCGGCUGCGGGAAGAGCCGGCCGAAUCUGUCCAGCAGGCGGCGCGCAUUCACACUGACCGGACGGCGCGGAAGUUGCGUGCCCUGGUGGACAUGCUCUACGCGGCCGGCGGGUAUGUGCCAGCAGUUACCUUGCAGCAGGCGGCACUGCGGCAUGCGAUCGAGGUGGUAGAGGACGGUGUGCUGCCGUGCUACCUCAGCGAGCAGGAAUACAGCGGAGCCUUCAACACAGCUUCCACGUUACCGGGGACGGCAGGGGAUGCAACCGGCGCGGCGGUGCUGCGCUGGGGUGUGCCGGCCGCCUGGCACGCAGCCAGUCUUCAGCUGCUCGAAGCCUUCCUCUUCAUAUGCCGACCCGGACUCCCAGCGCAGCUGCUGGCGACGACGACGCGCGCGAUUAACGUCCUCGCCGCGCGUCUACAUCGGGGAGUGCCGGUGCUGAGCGCAGCGGAGGAACCAAGUUUGACGGUCGAGCCCAGCCAAGAUGGAGGCAAGAAGGCUACGUCGGCGGCGUUACCACUGCUUCCAGUGACAGCCGCGGUCGGGGCUGCAGUAGUGCGCCUCGGUCACGUUCUGCAGCUUCUCCGCCACCCAGUCGCACUGCCGCCGCUCCAGCCAGCGCAGUUGGUGGUGGAGAAAGCAAAGCGGCGCACAUUUGUGCCUGCAGGGCCCCCUGUAGAAACGGUGACCACGCCGAGCGCGCAUGUAAUGACGCCACCGCCGCAACGGCAGCUGUGGCCUGUCGCGUCGACCGUUGCGGCUCCCGCUCCGGCAGAUGCAAAGGAGAUCACUAUUAGUGCAGUACCUGCAGUGGCCGCAGCUUCGACUCGCACGCCAGCGCAAAAGUACGUGCCGCCGGUGGCCACUCCACCAGCGCCGCAGCCUGUAAAGUCGGCGCCACACCCGAAGUUGCUCGCCGCGGUGGACAAUACCGACGACGACAUCCCCGACAUAGUGAUGGACGACUGA